AUGUCGUUGGCAGAGGUAUACGACGUUGUGCAGUCUGCCUGGAUUGAGGGCCGGUUGGAAAAUGUUCUCCAGAGGCAGAAAGAACUCGCAGGCUUGCAUGCCGCAUUAAAGAACCAUCGGUCUGGCUUGAUCGCUGCGUUUUCCAAGGAUCUUUGUGCUAGCGAAGCCGGUACAUCAGAGGAGAUUGAGCUCAGUCUGGAUGCAGUUAAGCGACUGUAUGAACAAUUGGACUUCCCUUCCGCCCUCGCGAGAGAAAGAUCUGUCCAAGCCGGCCAAGAAGCUCCCUUGAACCCUGUGGCGCUGGGCCCGGUCCUGAUUCAAGCGGCACUGCCAUGCCCUCUGUCGUCUACUAUCAUUCCCUUGGCAGCCGCUGUCGCCGCGGGAAGCUGUUGCCUGGUUCUCUUGUGCACCGCAUCGCCGUCGAUCAGCCAAGUCCUCUACAACAUCAUCCAGAUUGGUAUGGACCAGGAGGCAAUUGGCAUUGCGGACUUUCCCAUCCGCCUAGAAUGGUUAAGCAAGCUGCGCUUCGAAUUGGCAGUCUUACAAGACCCGGCGAGCAGCCAUGACUUUGCAACUGCGCUGCGGCAAACCAACUCAGCUAUACGAAUCCACACUCCUGCGACCGGCCUCCCUGCCGUGUUUGUUGACCGCAGCACCCCGAAGCUGGAGAAAGUUGCAACCUGGCUAGAGCAGUCGAUAUUGAAUGCCCCUCGCCAGCACCCUGGACGGAUGCCUCGGCUCUGCUUUGUGGACGAAUUCGUGAUCGAGCAGCUGAUGUCGCUCAUGCAGCGACGCCUUGACACGACAGAGAAUGUUCAGGCUCCCAUGCCUAAUCAGUCUACUGCAACAGAACUUGUCGAUCUUUUGGUGUCCUCUUUCCCCUCUCUCAAAAAGAAGGAACCGCUAGUCGCUGCAAACAAAUUGUCUAGCCUAAUUGUGCUGCAAUCCACCGACUCGAUCAAUUCUGAGACCGUCGGCCAGGUCGCAAACCUGGUCACAAAGUUAUACCAGGGUAUCUUGUUGAUCCCGACCAGCAGUCUCGACUACGGAAUUGAUUUGUGGAACAAGGUCAACGGCGGCACGCCAGCCUCGGCGACCUAUGUAUUCGGGGAAGGGAAAGAAACCUGGUACCUGUCCCAGUUUCUUAACUCAGAGCAUUGCUUUGUCAAUCACAUUCCCCCGCGGUCAUUUGUCAUGAUUGCUCCAAGUUCGACACACGAUACUUUUGCACUACCGUUCCGCCCAGACGAGUUUUCCCGCAAUAGGGCUAUCCUACAAGAGCCCAAUCAGAACCACGUGGUGUCCCGUAAUGGUUGGCUGAAUCCGAAGAAAAUCGCACAGCCCACUGGCGGUCGUCUCUCGUAUUUUGAGCAAGGCCUAAUCGUGGGCCUGAGCGUUACUGCUAUUGCUGCAUCAGGAUUCGUAUUUGCUGUCUUUAAAGGUGUGAAACGGAUCUAUUAUUGA